CAUGCCUGAUCGCGGAGGGCGUGAAGUUCAGCACUGGCUGUGCGACUCGGUGAGCGGCGCCAACUGGCGCCCGACGCGGUUCGAGGACGAGUUGACGUUGAUUCGCUACGCCUGCUGCGUGUGUCACGUCAUUCCGAGCACGACAGUACUGCUGCCCUGUUCUCACAUUCUGUGCGAGCAGUGUAUGACGGGGUGUGUCGUCCAAAACGGCGGAAACGUCUGUCCCAUGGACGAAGAGCCAUUCUGCGCAGAAGAGUGCCAGAAGAUCAAGCUUCCUGACAAGAAGAAGCAGAAUCUGAAGGCUCAUUGCUGGAAUGAGGCUGACGGCUGCGAUUUUGUGGGCACCAUCGACGCCGUACUGCUGCACUUCGACAGAGAAUGCGCAUUCCACUCCCUCCAGUGCCCACGGUGCCAGGAAAGAGUACUGCGCACUGACAUCGCAGCACACUAUGUUGCCGGGUGCUCCCAGAGCGCUUCUUGUGCAAUCAGUGCUCAGCCGAACAGGCAAGAUAGUCCAUCUACCAGUUAUUACGAGACUGCAAUACUGGAAAAGUUGUCUGCUCUUGAGAGACAAAUGAACGGACUCUUAAGAACCUCGAACUCCGCGCGUUUGGAUGGUGUCUGCCGCGCAGUCAGUGCAUUUGAAAGUAGUUGCCUGCGUGGAAUGAAAGACAUCGAGUUGAACAUCAUCUCGAUAGUGACUCAACAACUGAACGCUGGCCUGCAAGAAGUGAAGAGGCUCGUCAGAGAGCCAGGGAGUGAUCAGCUGUCGUCCCUUCACAGCCAAGUGAACGAACUCGUUGAACAGUCAAGGGAGCACGACACCUCCGAAAAGCAGCAACUGGUACGCGUGCUUAGAGACUGGCAAACUGAAUUGAAGCAAGACGUGCGGUCACUGUCGCAGCUAUUGGCGCGCAUGCUUGGGGAAACCGAAAGUAAAUUCAGAGAAAGUGUGACAGCCCAAUUACAGGAAUUUGUAAAUUUGCUAAAGGACUCCUCAUGCGAGGUGAAAGAACACGUGAGCAAGGCUGAGGCUAAUCUCUCUUCGAUGCUCACGGACCAACAACAGUCUCUGCAAAGAGCACUCGAUUCUUUAAGGAGAAUAAGGAAUCCUCCGAAACGGAGGAGUCCUCUUGGCGCUGUCGCUUUAGGUAAAGAACAUAAUCCACGGAACAUGCAAGAGCAGUUCAUCCCGUUGAAGGUGGAAGUGUUCAUUGAUGAAGCACUGAAUAUUCUGGAAGUCCUGCGCCAGCAGAUUUAUAGACACGAGAAAAAACUGUGGGUUUGCAUUCCCGCAGCACCGUUUCGGGCUUCUGGCCCCAUGAGGAACAAUGUUUCUCGAUAUUCGCGUAUCGAUAUGACCCUGGGAAAUGCUGGAAAUAUAUUUGACUCAGACAAAGACCAAACCACAGUUGCGAAUCUUGUGAUUUACAGAGAUAUGCACAUUCGGAUUGAAUUUCGCUCUUUGGAAGGUAUGUUCUACAUGGAUGUGGACUGCUUGAAGUGUUCGGGAAGUUCCAAAUUUCCAUUCAAUAAAAUUAGUUAUAGCGGACAAAGGCUAUACUGGAAGUGAAUUUCUUUUUCGCAGAGUUUUACAUCGUGAAUGCGGUGACUGCUCCAAAAGAAACAUUUCACAUCUUUUGACCCAUUUCGAGAUAGAACAUGAAAAGCUCGCUGAAGACGGCGUCAUAAUAAACGGGGAACUUAGGCUGCUAAUUGAAUUAAAAUAAGGAUACGGGUGCAGUCCUCACGCUCGCGAAACCUAUUUCUUAGGACACAUAUAUCUACUUGAUGCGAAAUGCUUUAAUGUCAAGGCAACGGUAGCGACAUUACCUUGUCAGUUGCUUAGCGUCUGUUUAAGGCCGGGAAGCUUUUCGUCUAACACUUUAUAUAGUACAGGAAAAAAAAACUUUUCCUGUUAGUCCUGACACACGUUGUGGUGUGGAAACAGGGUGGUCACCUAUAACGAGCCCGUAGCGGAUUAAUUGCGUGGCUACAGAGUUACUUAUUGAAUGACUGGCACCGCCAUGUGCUUUCACAGCUGAAAGACUCUUGCAGCACUGUUUCGAGUUUCCAAUGUGGUAUUCACUUCCGUGUUGACAGCCAUGAAAGAGAUGUCGAUAUGUAUAUGGUGUUUUAGUGGGAAGAAAAUUGUUCAGUAAUUGAAUCUACUGGCUACAAAAGGCUUCUGUUUUUGCGUUGGGAACGCUGACAAGAAGUGGGCUGCACAGGUUGAUGAAAGGCGCUGUGCCAUUGCAUGCAACUGUGAAAAACGUGUAGUGUAAUAUUCUCCAACAAGGCUUUGUGAUAGACUAGGUGUUGUUUGUGAAGAAAUGUGAACACUGUUGUACAAUGGUAUUCUAAUAAACUGCCAUUUGUUUUCUGCUUUGAGCGAGAGUGAAACUGUAUUGAUCUAAAACUUCGUUCGAUUGGCUG